UUACACAAAUGGAACAGUUUGUAUUACAUAUUAAAAAGGGAAACGAUUGUCAAGAGGGAAAAGACCACUCAGGGAAAAUUUUUGGUGUUUAUAGAUCGAUUUCUACUUUUGCCAAACACAAAAGUGAUGAAAUAUUACCCUAUGGGCUCAGGGCAGUGAAAGUUCAUGAUUUAAUAAAGGUAGGGAAACCCGGCCUUACUUGAACAUAAUGUUUCCAGAUAGGCUGAAAAUGGACUUCAUAAUACAGUCUUGAGUAAUACACAGUGCGUGUAAGCUGAGAUUGGUCACGCUUGACAUUUUAACUACAGCACUAUUCUCCUGUCAAGACAGCAGCCAGUUCUGCUUCUUGUCAUAUCAACACUUGAUUUAUGUAAGCAGAGGCUACCUACGCCAAAAUAGUAUAUAUAAUUGCCACAUUUAGAGUACUUUUCAAAUAUUUUCCAAUGUACACUAAUCUGAAAAUCAAAGACCGUUUUGUGGAACAGCAAAAAUUUUACAAACCAAGAAUCUUAGUACUGUAUUUACGAAUAUCUAGCACAAGCACAAGCCGUAAAAUGCAUGAAACGCUAUUUAUUUUUACAAACACACAUGAAGUCUUUUCAGUUUCCCUAAGUGUUCUUUGGCUUUAACGGUGCUAAUCAGUGAAAAGAUAAAAAGCGCAACGGAACACAUCAAACCACAGUAGACGUCAGCGGGUGACGAUAAUAAAUUAAAACUCAGUAGCAGGAAACACAUUUAAAGCUACAGGGCUUGAGCGUCUGAUACUACAGAUCCCAGAGUUCCCAGGGGGCGCAGGCGGAGCUACUUUCAAAUUGAUAGCUAUUUCAGCCAAUGACACAGCCACACACAAAAAAGGGCAUGAAGGACAGGUUUCUUUGCGUUCCAACACUGAAGUCAUCCUUAGAAGUUCGGAGUAUGUGGGUAUUUCAGGGCCCUAACUAUUAAGUAUUUCUUAUUCGCAGUAGAAGUCUCCUAGUCACCAUAAGAAUUCUAUACUCGAAUUUGGCCCAGUGGAAGUUGCAGCGUCUGAAAGCAGAAAGGAACUCACGUUGCCCGACGUCAACAGAAGAACGCAGUCGCCCGAAGAAGAGGCGGAACCCGCUUUAUUCUUGCCCUUUAUUGGCCACGCAGCCAGGAGACACAACCUUCGUCACAACCAAUGAGUCGUUGAAACUUCCUUUAACGAACCGUAAAAGGGGAGGUGCCGUGCGGCGCUUUAGGAAACUGGGUCUACGCACGCGCAGACGUCCUGCUUUCGUCCAAUCCGCAGGGAGGCUGGCUCUUGGCAAUUCGUCGCCCCUCCCCAUCCCGCCUCUUUCUCUUUCCCCGCCUAUCUGCCGCUGACCAAUGCUCUGCAUUUUCCUUUGCUUGUUUACCCUAUCAGAGAGGUAGGGGGUGGAUUUCCGGUCGUCAGCUGCGCACCGAGACUGAGCUAGCGUUUCUUCCUGCGCGCGUUGUGGGCUUGCAGUUGAGAUUUUUAUGACGCUUGGAUGCUACUCCUGACAUGGAGAAGAUUGAGGAACAGUUUGCUAAUCUGAACAUUGUUAAACGUUCCUCAGAAACUAAAGCGCCUGCUUACUUGCUUAGUAUAGAUACAUCAAAAGCUGUACAAGGAGAAAAAGAAAACUUUGUUGCUGUUUUAUGUUCUAAUGGAUCAAUCAGAAUAUAUGAUAAAGAAAGGUUAAACAUACUACGAGAAUUUAGUGGAUAUCCUGGGCUUCUUAACGGAGUUAAAUUUGCAAAUUCUUGUGACAGUGUAUAUUCAUCAUGUACCGAUGGCACUGUAAAGUGUUGGGAUGCUCGAUUAGCCAGUGAAAAACCUGUCCAGCUGUUCAAGGGUUACCCUUCCAAUAGUUUUAUUAGUUUUGAUAUCAACUGUAACGAUCAUGUCAUUUGUGCUGGUACAGAAAAAGUGGAUGAUGAUGCAUUGUUGGUAUUUUGGGAUGCAAGAAUUAAUUCUCAGGAUUUGUCUACUACUAAAGACCCACUUGGAGCAUAUUCAGAGACUCAUAGUGAUGAUGUCACUCAAGUGUGCUUCCAUCCCAACAAUCCCAACAUGGUAGUCUCGGGUUCAACUGAUGGCCUGGUAAAUGUAUUCGAUAUUAGUGUUGAUAAUGAAGAAGAUGCACUGGUUACAACCUGUAACUCCGUUUCAUCAGUAAGCUGUAUUGGUUGGUCUGGGAAGGAUUAUAAACAGAUUUACUGCAUGACGCAUGAUGAAGGAUUUUGUUGGUGGGAUCUUAAUCAUCUGGAUACUGAUGAACCAAUUACAUGUUUGAACAUCCAGGAUGUCAGAGAAGUAGUUAAUCUGAAAGAAGGUAUUUUGGACUAUUUAAUUGGUGGCCUAUAUCAUGAAAAAAUGGACAAAUUGUUUCUUGUUGGAGGAACAAACACAGGAAUUAUUCACUUGAUGAGCUGCACUAUAUCAGGAUUGAUCCAUGUGACCAGCCUUCGUGGAGGGCAUGCUGCUACAGUCCGUUCUUUCUCUUGGAAUAUGCAGGAUGAUUCUUUGCUAACCGGAGGAGAAGAUGCACAGUUGUUACUUUGGAAACCUGGAGCAAUAGGGAAGACAUUUACAAAGAAAGACAGCAUGAAAAUAGCAUCCUCUGUGUCCCAGCGAGUUCGAGUUCACAGUAAUGAUUCUUACAAGAGAAGGAAAAAGCAGUGAUGUUAUGUUGGGAGUUUACUUGAGAGGCUUUAUAGUUACAAGUAGUUAUUUUUGUGUACUACCUGUGAUAGAUAUGUUUAAAGCUUAUAUGUAAAAACAAGCCAGUUAGCAAACAAUCCUGGAAAAAUGUUGAAAAUGGUUUAAUUCAGGUCUUCAUGUAUUCUAAAAUUAUUUUUUUUAAGCUGCCAGUUGAGUAUAUAAUCAGUGAGUUGAAAGUAAAAUUACAUUCCUCAUUUUUAAAACCCAUCUGUUGAGUUAGUAAAUGUUGGGUUUAAAGAAAUAGCUUUGAUAAGGACUUUUUAGAAGUAGAUGGCUGGUGUGACUUUAAAAAAAUCAGGUGGUUUGAGCUAUGUGUUUUAAAUUCAGUUUUUUUUUUUUACAUUUUAAAUCAUCUUCAUUAUUUAUAAAAUCAAAUCAGACUGUUUUCUGUAGGAGCUCCAACUUGCUUAAUACACAUAGAUUAUGUUGGAGUAUUUAAAUGUAAAUAUUCUAAUGAUUCUAAAUAGAACUAAAGUUUUUUAGAAAUAAAAUGAUUUGCAUCUAUUUAAGAAAAAUAUAUUUAGUAUAUAUUUGCAUCUAUCUGUCUGGAUAGAUUUUUUUUUUUUAAGUAGGGUCCACGCUCAGCGUGGAGCCCAUUG